CUGGGCACCCGCUCCUUCCAUGGCGGCUGAGAGAGAGCAGUUGCUGCAGAUCCUCGAGGAUCUGACAGCCGAAGAGUUCCGCAAAUUCGUUUUCCACCUGGAAUCCAUCCCGGACCGAUCUGUCCGAAUCCCUCGAGGGAAGCUGGAGAAAGUCUCGCCGGUUGAGCUAGCCGAGCUGCUUGCGCGGUAUUUUCCCGGGAAGGAAUUAGAAGUCGCCGCCCACGCGCUGGAAAAGAUACCCAGGAGGGAUAUUCUGCGGGACCUCCUACGCGACGUAGCAGUGGGCGAUCGCCCGAGCGGAAGGGAGACCCCUGCGAUGGAAGCCUCGGUUGGCCUCGUGGAAGCAGCUCCAGCGCAAUCCAGUCAGGUGGUCUCGCAGCAGCAGCUGAUGAAGCUGGCCAGGAAGUUGGGCAGGAAAUGGAAGACGAUUGCCAUCGAGUUCCUGGGGGUGGAAAAUUCGCGCUUGGAGCAGAUCGAAGAGGAGAAUCACAAGGACGUGGUCAUGCAAGCUUUCUACAUGCUUUGGGAAUGGAGGAACCGUGAGGGAGGGAGGGCCACUGCAGCCAAUUUAUACCUUAUUCUCAACCAGGAUGGAGUGAAUCUUGACCAUGAUGCAUAUGCGUUCCUAAGAGAGAGAGUGCCUUGAAAGAGUUCUGGAAAGGCAGAAGGCCACCCAUCAGUCUUCUCCAGGAACUCAGGCUCUCCAGAUACCUUUCCCAAUGCAAGUGAACACAGAUUAUAAUGAUUUAUGUUGACCGAUGUUUACACUCAUAUGACUGAGCUUUG